AUGUCUGAAGUGAUUCAAGCUAUUUUUAUUAGAGAAACAGAAAUAAGAAGUGUGCCUAAACCCCAUGUUGUCUAUAAAGUCGAAGUGCAUGCCGCUGUGCGAAACUGGGCUGUAUGGAAACGAUAUUCCGAAUUCUAUAAACUCGAUAGCCAGUUUCAUAGUAUUUUUCCUAAACAACCUACACCUACCAAAUUACCGGGAAAGCGAUACUUUCCUUCUACUUUCUCGGACCCUGAAAAGAUAGAAGAACGUCGACGUGGGUUAGAAGAUUAUUUGCGUGGUAUCUUGAGUAGUCGAGACGACCGGUGGCGUCUGACAGAUGUCUGGCGAGAGUUUUUAGCGAUUCCUUCUGAACGUACACUAGAUGCCUCGGCUGUCUAUACAUCUGAGAGCUGGCUGGAUGAAUACACCACCAUGGUCGAUACAGCCCGUGAAAUUCGAUCGCUGAUCAACAAGAAAUCGACGCAUAUGGCUCGCCAUGAAAUCUCCGCUUCUCAUAACUGCACAGUGCAAGCGAAAAAACUCUUGAUGAACCUGUCCAGUCGGCUGUCAAACUUGGAAGCAGGACUGACUGGGUUGGCUUCGAUUACGGCAGAAGGUGAAUUGAGACGAAGACAAGACAUGUUGACAUCACUCAAAGACGAAAAGGAUACACUGAUGAAAUUAGCUAAUUCAGGAAGACAGCCAGAACAAGAUUUACUUUAUCAUCCUUCGCAUACCCAACCUACACCUACUCCAUACCAGCCUAAUCAUCGAGCCAUAGCAGCAGCCAAUAAGUAUUCAGAUGAUCGUCAUGGUCGUGCUUUUGGUGCUGCUUUCCAAAAGCAACAACAACAAAAAGAGACAGAAAUCACUCGAGGACUUGAUAAUCAAGGUUUAUUAGUUCAUCAACAAGAUUUGAUGAAAGACCAAGAUCAACAAGUACAACAAUUUAGUGCUAUUUUAGCUAGACAAAAACAAUUGGGUAUUUCUAUAGGACAUGAACUCGAAACACAGAACCAAGUGUUGGAUGAAUUAGACGCAGAUGUGGAUCGAACACAAACUAAGCUUAAGUUUGCUAGUAAGAAACUUCAAAAGAUAAAAUAAAAAUAAAAAUGAGGACUUGCUUUUUAUCUAUCAUUACUCAGUCU